CUGGUGGAGGCGCGCGCGGCCGCGGGACCGGAGCGGCCCGGGGAGAGCGGAGCCGGGGGGCAUUAUCGUGGGAAAGAAUGGUUGCAUCCAGCAUUCUAUGAAAUAUGGAUACAAAUUGAAAUAAUUAAAGGAUUCUCAUUCUCAGAAACAUAACAAAAUGUAUAAACCAGCAGAGACUGUGAAACGUCGACUCAACACGCAUGCGCCACCGAGGAUAAGAAGUGUGGAUGUUGCUAGAGGCCGAGCUGGGUAUGGAUUUACCCUUUCCGGACAAGCUCCUUGUAUUCUCAGCUGUGUUAUGAAAGGGAGCCCUGCGGAUUAUGUAGGACUAAAAGCUGGAGACCAGAUAUUUGCUGUCAAUGACAUCAAUGUCAAAAAGGCUUCUCAUGAAGAUGUAGUGAAGCUCAUAGGGAAGUGUUCUGGGGUGCUGCAUAUGGUAAUUGGGGAAGGCAGCAGUCCAAUGGACUCUUGUUCUAGUGAUGAAGAAGUUGGAUUUUAUGAAGGAAAAGGCUGGCUAAAGCCCAAACUUGAUUCCAAAGCAUUAGGCAUCAACAGAGCAGAGAGAGUUGUUGAAGAAAUGCAAUCUGGUGGAAUUUUUAGCAUGAUCUUUGAAAAUCCUACUCUUUGUGCUGCUAAUUCAGAUCACUCGAAACCAAAACAAAGAUCCCUUUCAGAGUCAGCUGCUGCUCGGUUUGACAUUGCACAGGAAGGCAUAAAUAACCCAAAUUAUAAUCUCCAUUCUAAGGAAGAAAUAUCUAAAGCCAUACAUGAUGAUUCCGUUUUCAGUAUUGGACUAGAAAAUCAUGAUGACUUUGGUUUAGAUGCAAGCAUUCUAAAUGUUGCCAUGGUGGUAGGUUAUCUAGGUUCAAUAGAACUUCCUUCAACUAGCUCCAACCUUGAAUAUGAUAGUCUGCAGGCUAUUCGUGGAUGUAUGAGACGCUUGCGGGCAGAACAGAAAAUCCAUUCAUUGGUGAUGAUGAAGAUUAUGCAUGAUUGCAUUCAACUGUGCACUGACAAAGCUGGUGUAGUAGCUGAAUAUCCUGCAGAGAAACUAGCAUUUAGUGCAGUAUGCCCUGAUGACAGAAGAUUCUUUGGCUUGGUCACCAUGCAGACUAAUGAUGAUGGAAGUUUAGCUCAGGAAGAUGAAGGAGUUUUGAGAACUUCUUGUCAUGUUUUUAUGGUAGAUCCAGAGCUAUUUAGCCAUAAAAUUCAUCAAGGUAUUGCAAGGCGAUUUGGGUUUGACUGUACAGCAGAUCCAGACACUAAUGGUUGUUUAGAAUUCCCAACAUCAUCUUUACCUGUUCUGCAAUUUAUUUCAGUCCUAUAUAGAGAUAUGGGGGAAUUGAUUGAAGGAAUGAGAGCACGGGCCUUCCUAGAUGGUGAUGCUGAUGCUCAUCAGAAUAAUAGCACAAGCAGCAAUAGUGAUAGUGGCAUUGGCAAUUUCAACCAGGAAGAAAAAAGCAACAGAGUUCUGGUGGUUGAUUUAGGAGGCAGUUCAAGCAAGCACAUUCCUAGUAAUAUGUGGGAAAAUCCAGGAGGAAGAGCACCAAACCCACCUACAGCACAUUGGAAUGGGUUCUGCCUCGAUUCAGAAGGGAAUUCUUUAGAAGCAACUCAGAAUGUUUGUGAUUUAAAUAAGCAUUUAGGACCUUCUUCCCGAUUGGAAGUUCCUCUCGUUUCUUCACGGAGUUCAGUCCCUCCUUCCAAAAGAAGUGCUAUGGGUAUAGGUGGUGGUUCCAACCAAAGGUGGCUGCCUGUCCAUGUCCUCCAGGAAUGGCAACAUGGUCAUGCCAGUGAUCAGGAGUCAUACACGGAUUCUACAGAUGGAUGGUCCAGUGUGAAUUGUGGAACACUUCCUCCUCCAAUGAAUAAAAUUCCAGCUGACCGGUACAGGGUUGAGGGUAGCUUUGUUCAGCCUCAAUUAAGUGUUCACAAGAGUGAAUGGUCUAAAAAAGCUUUUGGAAUGCAAAACAUCUUUGGCCCUCAUCGAAAUGUUAGAAAGAUGAAAGAGGAGAAAAAGGGUUCAAAGUUUGGACAUGGAAUUGGUUGGAUUCAUACUCCACAGCGUACCUCUACUCGGAGAUCAUUUGGAAGAUCCAAGAGAUUUAGUAUAACCCGUUCACUUGAUGACCUUGAGUCUGCAACUGUAUCGGAUGGUGAGUUAAACAGUGCUGAUUUGAAAGACUGUGUUAGCAACAACAGCCUCAGUAGCAAUGCCAGCCUUCCUAGUGUGCAGAGUUGCAGAAGACUUCGGGAAAGGAGAGUUGCAAGUUGGGCUGUUUCAUUCGAGCGUCUUCUACAGGAUCCUAUUGGUGUUAGAUACUUUUCUGAUUUUCUAAGGAAAGAAUUCAGUGAAGAAAAUAUUUUAUUCUGGCAGGCCUGUGAAUAUUUUAGCCAUGUACCUGCACAUGACAAAAAAGAGCUAUCCUAUAGAGCCCGUGAGAUCUUCACUAAAUUCUUGUGUAGCAAAGCCACCACACCAGUUAACAUCGAUAGCCAGGCGCAAUUGGCUGAUGAUAUUCUCAACGCACCACAUCCAGACAUGUUCAAGGAACAGCAGCUGCAGAUUUUUAACUUGAUGAAAUUUGACAGCUAUACUCGUUUUCUGAAAUCCCAGCUCUAUCAAGAAUGUAUUUUGGCAGAAGUAGAAGGUCGCUCUCUACCUGAUUCACAACAGGUCCCAAGUAGUCCUGCUUCUAAACACAGCAUCAGCUCAGAUCGCUCUAAUGUCUCAACGCCAAAAAAGUUAAGUGGAAAAUCAAAAUCAGGAAGAUCCCUAAAUGAAGAAUCAGGAGAAGAAGAUGGGGAGAAGAAACGCAAAGGAACAUUUUUUUCCUGGUCAAGGAAUAAGAGCACUGGACGGUCCCAGAAGAAGAAGGAACAUGGGGAUCACCCACAUGAUACUCUUCAUUCUAAUGGAGGAUUACAUCGACGUGAAUCACAAGGAUCCAUGUCUUCUGCUGCAAGUCUUGACCUGUCGGAAACCUGUAGGGCCUCAGUGCCUGAAAAGGACAAGUCAUCCAAGCACUGCUGCAUAAACCUGCCAGAUGGGACGUCAUGUGUGGUGGUCGUAAAAUCUGGAUUCUCCAUCAAGGAAAUAUUAUCAGGGCUGUGUGAGAAACACGGCAUCAAUGUGGCCGCAGUCGAUCUUUUUUUAGUAGGAGGGGACAAGCCGUUAGUGCUACACCAAGACAGCAGCAUCUUGGAUUCAAGGGACCUCCGCUUAGAAAAACGCACUUUGUUCCGGCUUGAUCUAGUCCCAAUUAAUAGGUCAGUGGGACUGAAGGCCAAGCCUACCAAGCCAGUCACUGAAGUGCUACGGCCUGUGGUGGCCAAAUAUGGUUUGAAUCUUAGUGACCUUGUGGUGAGACUAAGUGGAGAGAAGGAGCCGCUAGAUCUUGGUGUUCCUAUUUCUAAUUUGGAUGGACAAAGAGUGAUUUUAGAAGAAAAGGAUCCCACUAAAGGAAAAGUAUUCACAGACAAACAGAAAGGUGCAUCAGCCAAACAGAAUAUAGCAGGAAUUCCCAGUUCCAGAAAUCACUCUGCUACGGGAGAGGAAAGAACACUAGGCAAGUCUAAUUCUAUUAAAAUAAAAGGAGAAAAUGGAAAAAAUGCUAGGGAUCCCCGGCUUUCAAAGAGAGAAGAAUCUAUUGCAAAGAUUGGGAAAAAAAAAUAUCAGAAAAUUAAUUUGGACGAAGCAGAGGAGUUUUUUGAGCUCAUUUCCAAAGCUCAGAGCAACAGAGCAGAUGACCAACGUGGGCUGCUAAGAAAAGAGGAUCUUGUCCUGCCAGAUUUUCUUCGUUUACCACCUUGCACAGCAGAACCGGCUGCAUCUACUCCUGCAACAACGAAAGGCCUAAAUAAGAGAACUGUAAAAAAUGGCAGCAAGGAAAAGGCCAUGCAACCAAACGGGAAGCUGGAAUCUUCUCAAAAUGGAAAUGAAAGUCCAGUGAAGAGCCCAGGGCCUUCAGAGAGCAAGCCCAGGCCCAAUCUGGCUGCCCUCCAGAGUCAGAAGAUUCACGGCAUCCCCUUCAGUGCCCCGUUGUCUCCAAUUCCACACGUCCAGGAAGGAACAGCAUCGGCGCAAAUAUGGAAGAGACAAUCCAGGGAACUACAUACUGAAGGCAUACAGACUAUAGAUGAUGAGAAUGUUGCCGACUUAACCCUUGUGGGUGAAGGAGAUAUUAGUAGCCCUAACAGCACUUUAUUACCACCUCCUCCGACACCACCAUCAGAUGUUACGAAACUCUCUGAAGCCAACUACUCGCCCCCAACUCCUCUGACAGAUAAACAGGAAAAACCUGGAUAUCAGAGAUCCGUUUCAGGUAUUUCUAGAUUUUAAUUUUUUCUUCUACACUUACAACUACUUUGCUUUUUCACUGUUAUAAUCAGUAUUCUAUACCCAUUUUUCAAUUUUAAAAGUCCAAAUUAGAUCCUUUCUGUACCAUACAUUUUUGAGUCAAAAGUUUCAUUGUGACAGUCUCUUCAUCAUUAAAAUAAAUUUGGUUUGUUUUUUAAAUGGGUUUUAAAAAAUACUGAGUGUUAAAAGAUCUGAGAUAGGUAAAAAAUGAAUUAUUGGGGUAUUCAGAUUCUGAUAAUCUUUAAUAUCAUGAAGACUUCACUAAAAGGAUAAAGCAUUUGCUGACCAUGAAAGAUGCCUCUUGCUCUAAAGAGGAUUUGAAUUUCAAAUGUAUUGAAAUUUCAAAUGCCAGUACUUCUGGUAAUAGUUUUUGCUCCAAGAUUUCUUGAAGAGAAAAAUCAUUGUAGGUUCCUAGAUGUUUUGAUCUUGCUAACACUACCUAAUCUUUUAAAAACAACAACAAUAAAUCACUGCUAUUUAAGUGCAGUAGAGAGUAUUGAAAAUCAAAGCAUUGGGAAAAUUGAAUCAAAUUGAAAUGGUAAUGAAAGUCCAGUGAAGAGCCCAGGGCCUAUAGAGAGCAUUGAAUCAAAAACUGAGGAAAUUAAAAGUUUAGACUUUUAUGAUUUAAGAACUGUUUUAAAAAUACUACUUACCACUAGUAUAUCAAGUAAGAAAAAAGAAUGACAUUUAAUUUCUAGUACUAGGAAUAAGCACAGUUAAUGAUAUGCAUUUGGCGGGAAUCCAUUUUAAGUUGAGUCAGUUUAAAUUUUAAAAUUUUUAAAAAACCCUAAUUUAGAGCAGUAUUUUCCCUAAAAUCAGAGUGUGAAAUUUGGUGUUGUCCAAAAGUGUACAAUCUGCUUUUGUAGCAAAUGCUGUUUCCGCGUGCUACAGAUGUUCUAAAUGGAAGUAUGGCUUGUGGCACGCACAUGAUUAUAUCAUCCAUCUGAAUAUAAACAUAUUCAGGAAAAAAUAAUUUCCAGAAGCCAUGUUCAUUUUUACUCUUUCACUCAGUUAAUUGUGCCGUGGUUUGUUGAACCACCAUCUCUUUAAUGUAAGAUAGCAUUAAUAUUUUUAAUAGAUAUUUUUACAUGGUGAUGUCUGUUGGUUUCUUCUAUGUCUUAUCAAUGAGAUGUAAAUAACUUUCGGAUUGUUAUAUGCUUCUCUAUGGCAAUGUGAAUGAUUCCUUUUUGCUCUAUCACGUUUAUUUCUAUAAACUGAUGGAAAAGGUCUACGAUCGAUUGUUGACUGACCUGUAACCCAGGGCUGCCUAUUGAGGACAUAUGAAGUGCAUAUUUUCAGUGUAAUUUAUGUACAUAUGUAUAGAUAUGUAUCUCCUUUUCGGAAUAUGUUGUAUACCCAAGUGGAUUUUAGUUUUUUCUAUAAGUGCUAAUAUGAGAACCCUUACCCUUGCAGCUUUAGAAAUGGAGCAUAUUUUAAUGCAUGCAUUACAUUUCUGUAUAAUCACUGAACUGUAGCUUUCACCUUUUCUGUUUUCUGCUCUCACUUUGUAGAUAUCUUUGUGUAGCUUUUACAUGUAUUUUGUAUGUGUUCUUUUGAGAGGAAUAAACUCUAGUUCUAAUUACUCAACUGGUUUUAUACUUUUCUCUUUUUUUAUAUUGAUCAUAUUCUGCCUUGAUAGCAAACUGUAACUGUCAUCUAACUGAAAGCAAUUAAAAAUGUUUCCGUGUGAUUAAGUUAAAUGUAAUUUAUGUGAUCUUCUGGUACCUUUUUAAUUGUUAAUGGUACCAAUCUA